AUGCGAACUUGGAACUCCGACUUUGGUCGCGACGAGUUACAGUUCAAUCGAAGAGAAGCAAGCAGUUUAGGACGGCCCUAUUCAACACGAUGGGGAGCCGCCGCCGAGCAGACGGUCUCCGCGAGCAAGAUGGCCGCCAGCGACGCCCGCAGCCAGGAGAGCGCGGAGAGCGCGCGCUGCCGCCUGUACGCGCGCCUCUGCGACGACCUGGGCCGCCGCCAGCGCUCCGCCCCCAGCGCCGCCGCCGCCCCCGCAGGGGAGCUGCCGGAGGGCGAGCGCGCGCUGCGGGUGCAGCUGUGCGAGCUGUACGGCGUGGAGAACGGCUUCUCGCACAACACGCAGCGCUACUUCGAGGCGGCGGCGGCGGCGGCGGGCGCGACGGCGGGCGCGGCGGCCAUCGGCGGCGUGGGCAGCGGCGCGGCCGUGCUGCGGCGUGGCCUGCCCUUCGCCCUCGCGCUGCGCUUCGACCGCCCUUGCGACACCUCCUCCGACGCCCUCACCUUCAUCUUCACCUUCGAGGGGAACAAAAGAAGUUCAAGAGAACUUGUGACAGUCAUCAAUGUGGAUCCCAUAGAGCUGCCAAGAGGAGAUAACAAGGAGUGGUAUGCGGCAGUUCAAACGGCUCAAAUGAGGGACAAAAACACAGCUACUUUCAAGGUUAUGAUUCCCUGCAGCGCGAGAGUUGGAAUUUGGAAUUUAACUGUCCGAACAUACAAGACAGAUUUAAAAGGAAUUCGUAUUCCACACACUCUAAAUGAAUAUCACAACCCAGACUUUAUAUAUGUCUUAUUCAAUCCUUGGUGUAAAGAAGACGGCGUGUACCUGCCGGGCGAGGCGUCGCGGCGCGAGUGCGUACAGGCGAGCGAGGGCAAGGUGUGGCUGGGGUGCGCGCGCGACCCGGUCAGCGCGCCCUGGGUGUUCGCGCAAUACGCGCCCGCCGUGCUGCCGUGCGCCGUGCUGCUGCUGCAGGCGGCCGGGGUGGCCCCCGCGCUGCGCGGCGACCCCGCACGCGUCGCGCACGCCCUCGCGCGCGCCGUCGCCACGCGCCUCGUGACGUUCAAGGACGACGACGGCGUGCCCGUGGACUCGUGGGCCCGCGAGCGCGCCAACGACGGGGUGCCGGGCCAGUGGACGGGCAGCGUCGCCAUCUUGGAGGAGUACCUACGCACGCUGCAGCCCGUGCGCUGCACGCAGAGCUGGUCGGCGCACGGCUGCGACGACUCGCUGGCCAUCGACUGCGAGAUCACGCGCCACGGCCUGCGCCCGCUGCUCGUGGGCAACGCGGCGGACGAGGUGUGGAGCUUCCAGAUGUGGAACGAGGUGUGGGCGGCGCGGCCUGACCUCCCGGAGGCGUACAGCGGCUGGCAGGCCGUCGACGCCACCCUCCCCGCGGCCAACGGGCGAGCGGGGAGCGGGCCGGCGCCCGUGGAGGCCAUCAAGCACGGGCUGCUGGGGCUGGGCGACGAGGUGCGCGCGCUGCACGCCCGCGUCAACGGCGACCGCUUCCUCUUCCAGGAGAACCCCGACGACCCCGACUGGCUGCUGCACCCCGUGCACCAGGAGCAGGACGCACGAGAAGUCAAGCCGGUGACCUGAUGUGGCAUCAUUGCCACAUGAAAAAGAUCCAUGCAACACCACUGGUUCAACGAUCAUUAACAGCAAAAGUUUUACAAACCUGGCUGCCGGAGUAAACUAUUAAUUCGUCGCUAAAUUUUUAUCAUCAGGCUAGAGUUGGAUUUCUUAUUGUAACGAAGAAAGUUAGCAAGGAUGAUGAGAAGGGUGAUACAGAUAUUGAUGAUAUUACUCAGCAGUACAAAUACCUUAAAGAGAGGACUGGACUGAAUAAUUUGAAACCUUCGAUACGCAAAGAAGCAGCUCUUGACUACAAUUUGGCUGCACCAGAAGUUACGUUUGAAUUGAUGGUCGGUAAAACGACUUUUGGGCAAGAUGUCACCAUUUCAUUACAUGUACACAACCAAUCGACGGACCCGCGGCGCGUGGCGGUGACGUGCGUGCUGCUGGCGCGGGCAGUUGAUUGCCGCGGCGGCCACGCGGCGCGCCUCAAGCGCGAGGAGGGCACGCUCAUGAUGCGCGGCGGACAGCGGGAGAAGAUCCAGCUGCAGGCGACGGCGGCCGAGUACCUGGGCAAGGUACGCCCGGAGGGGCUGGUGCGCGUGUUCGCGCUGGCGCGGGUGCAGGAGACGCGGCAGGCGUGGGUGCAGGAACGCACCAUCCUGCUGCGCAAGCCGCGUAUCUCUGUGCAGCCGCGCAGCCCGGCCGUGGAGGGCCGCGAGGUGACGCUGGCGUUCACCUUCGCCAACCCGCUGGCGGUGCCGCUCACCGAGUGCUCCUACCGCGUCGAGGGCUCCUCCUGCCCGCCGCGCGCCGCGCCCUUCAGGGACGUGCUGCCGGGGGAGGUGGUGACGUUCGAGGAGACGGUGGUGCUGCGCCAGCCGGGCGACCACCGCCUCACCGCCAGCUUCUGCAGCCGGGAGCUGGGAGGCGUGGUCGGGCGCGGCGUGGUCCCGGUGCAGGCGGCCUAGGCCCUCACACCUCGCCGCUCCCGCCGGUGAAGGAGGGGCCGCGGGGGGCAAAGCCGUGUGCAGUCAGGGCUACGUCCACGCGAUGUGUCGUGAGUGCGGCGCACGCCACCAUGCGCGCUCAUCUUCUUUGCCGUUCGGUUGGUCACCCGGCGCGCAUGGAAUGUGUAUUGCCGUUAUUGUGAUCAGGAGAAAGAACCAACAUAAAAAUCCAAGAUGAGGAACAGGUCUUUUGCUACAUGUUUAAUUUUAAUUUACAUAUUGCGAAACGCAUCCACAACAUACGCAUGAUUCAGUACAUUCUUCUUUUCCAAUUACAUAACCUCGUCCUCUAGAACUAUUCCAUGAAUUGUGAGUAUUUUUUUCUGAAAGCGGACGUAGGAAACAGGGUAGCGUUGCUUCCCAAAACAAGUCAACGCGUUCAUUGAAGUGCUCAUCAACCCAUAUUCCAUAGCAGACGCCAACAAUUAUUACAAUUUGUUAUCGGUUCUGCUAGAAUAUCAUAAAAUGCACGUUCGUUUCUUUGAACGAUACCGGUUUCUACAAGAAAAUGCACGGAUGGACGCGCGACAUUUCUUUCUCGCGUGGGAAGCCCAGUGCUGUUGCAUUCGUCUUCCAAAAGAAGCUAUGUCGAAUCGCUGAAUCGUGUGCGCUGUUGCACGUACUUGACGCAUGCGCGUUAAUGAACCAAAGACAUCGAGUGGACGUAGCCAAAGAGUAUUUCAGCUGUUCGCUUCAGGGUGGGUCUCUGCUUUCUUCGCCUUCGUACUGCCUUAAUCCUUGCGCCUUUUCACGUUUUCUCUCUUUGUCUUUAUAGAUGCAGACUGACGUUACGCCUUUGGAAGUAAUCAAUUCCAACCUCUAGAUAUACUGAACCCAUCUGCAUUUGAACUUUUGCAUUUUGUAACCAAUGCGUCUAUUCUUAGGUCUUUGUUAUCAUUUAUUUUCUCUUUUUUUUUCUAGAAUAUUUUUACGCAUUUCGUUGCAAUUUUCAUGCAGCUGCCUUUGUUUUCUUGUAGAUGGCCAGCUUCUACGUUUGUAGAGAAAACGCAUGGAUUACCAUAGUAUUUUAGAAUUUUUUCCUAAAUCGGGUUUGGUUUUAUUUUUUGAGAUAUAAGUGUAAUAUUUUAUAUCUGCACGAAGUCUUACGUUUUUCUUGAGUUGCUAUUUUAAAACACACACACACACACACUCACUUCAAUUUAGAAUGCUUAGAAAGCUAUAAGAUCGGAGAAAAUACUAUUUAACACAUUUUAAUGAUUACAUGCUUAUUUUGUAAUAAAAAGUUUAUAUAAAUAUAAAGAAAUAUAUAAAC